CUCCGAAACAAAUUGAAUCACACGCACUAAUACAUUUAGUAAUUACGAAUAUAGUAAAUCAAACUUUACCAUCAUUAAAAUGCCAAAUGGCAAUCAUAUACGAUUAUGGCUAUGGUUAUAAAUAUGCCUGCAAAGGUUUUCAGCCUACAGGCUUUCAGACAGAAACUAUCGUUAAUGAUACUGGAACAGCCAUAAGAGGUCUUAGAGCAACAAGCCGGGAUGCAGGGCGGGGUCAUUGGGGGCAUCUACCUCCUUGCCUUCCUGUUAUCCAAAGGCAGAGCCGAAGAUAUUGAAACGUCCAAAAGUAUAUCAGAUGGAGAAGAUGUCAAACAAACACAAAGUGAUCUCAAAAGUGGCUCAAAUGACGCUGGAUUUCCAACUGCGCCAUUUAACCCUUUCAAUGAAGAAUUAGGACCUUAUUCUCCACCUGGCGGGGGAUACUCUAACAAUCCAGAUCGGAAUUCCUAUCCUUACUCAUCACCCUACCCAUACAAUCCUGGAUUGAACUCUAUGCAAGCGCAACCUGAUGUUAACAAUAGAAUAUAUCCAGCAGGAUUUAGUGGUUCACCUAAUUUGAGCCCAUAUGAUCAAGGACCAAACCUGCCACUAUUUCCAACCCAAGGUGACCGAGCGGGGACUGCAACAGCGUAUGCUGCUGUCAGACCAGCAACCAGUGGUGUUCCCUACGCAUAUACUUCGGGUCAGAGACCGAUUGUGAUAGAUUUCCCAUCUGAAACACCUCAAAGUCCAGCUGGUGUCUUCACCAACGCGCAAAGUUCGCCGAUCGCAUUCGAGGAUGCAAAGUCCAGAGUAAUAUCUCCGUAUGAAUAUGUAUUUCCUAACCAAGUGCCUGGGGGAGAAAAUGUAAUCCAGUGUCAAAAAGAAAAUGAGUUCCACCAUUUUUGGUCGAAAGGACAGGGCUGUUUUGUCUGCAUCUGUCUCAACGAAUACGGACUGCUGUCCCCCGUCUGUGCAAGUUGUGGUGGAUGCGACAACCCUACGCCGGCCACCCCCGAAUCAAUCCCUCCGCUGCCUGAAAGUAUAACUAUCCAACCAGCGUCCCCGGAGCCCUAUGAACCUGUCCGGAUAGUUCCAGUCCAACCUGUGGGUGCAGUGGAUGCUGUUCCCACUCCAGCACCUUCUCCUGAGUAUGCAGAACCUCCGGCGUCUCCAUCUCCUGGACCAGAAUAUGUUCCACAGAAUAUUCCAACGCUUCCUACACCAACACCUGGAGCAUCAUGUGACCCUUUGCCGAAUGGAGAGCCGUUUCCGAAUCCGUUGCAUCCUUGUCAGAUUUGUGUUUGCAAGGAAACUUCCCUCACUGGCAAAUUUGAUGUGCAGAUAGAAUGCAAAGAAGACCCACAGUGCAUUGUUCCAGACGACGUGACCACCUUACCUCCAAUACCUGAUGAGCCCAUGCCGAUUCCAUUACCUAUGUGCGAGAAGUUACCAGAAAAUGUACUAUUCCCCCAUCCAACCGAAUCAUGCAAGCUUUGCAAGUGCGCUAAAAGUGUGUCAGACACCGGCGUUCCUGAGCAGCAAAUAACGUGCUAUCCACAUCCUGAUUGCUUGCCAAAAUUGGAGCCGGUAACAGAGUCACCUCCUCCUCCUCUGCCUAUCCCAAUAGAGCCUCAGAAGAUACCGCCCGUGCCUGAACCGGUUCAGGAACCUUUCAUAAAUGAGAGGGAAACCUACUCGCCAGCGGAGCCAGUGCCACUGCCAGAGAUCGUGACAAUAGAACCUCUACCGUGGCCUCCAAUAACGACAUUAGCACCAAUAACGACGCCGGGACCUCCAUUAACUCCUCGAGCUGGACCUCUGCCAGGACCCUCUCCACAUGAGUCGUGCCUGCCGUACCCUCCCAAUCAGAUGUUCCAGCAUCCUUGGGAUGAAUGCCAAAUCUGCAUGUGCUCGGAGGCUAUGGCUGCAGGACUUACCAACGUUGAAGUCAACUGUUAUACCAAGCCGUCUUGCUGCAUAGAACCACCCGAUGCCGUAAAGAAAGCACUUCCAGGUUUCAAUUUGCCGUACCCAGGUCUCGGCAAUGCUGCCGUUAGCCCUGAUGUCUCAUCUCUGCCCAGUUCACCAACCGGUGUCAUUACUAGCACUUACAGACCUCCACCCACUUACAUUCACUAUACUCCAAGACCCGCGAGCACCUAUCCCAGCAACAAAGCGCCCGUAGAGACUCUGCCUCAACCACCGGGAUAUUCAUCCCAAUCAUUUCCUAGAUUACCAGAGACAGGCUUUCCUGAUCCAACUUCAAGUUAUCCCUACCAACCGAACUAUGCUUCUUCUUACGUUAAUCAGCAAUAUUCUGAAUACCCUCCCCGACUGCCUCAGCCAGCUAGUGCUUACAAACCCUCUGGCUAUGAAUAUCCUCCGAACUACCCGUAUGGAAGACAGGGUUACAAAUUUGACCCAAGGUUUUCACUAGUCUCGUCACCGAAUGUGUAUUCUUCAAUGUACGGGUACAACGCACCCCCCGCGUACCCUCCCGGGAAAGGAGUAUCGAGUUAUCCGCAACCCCCGGUUUCAGGACCUACUCCAAUAAAAUCUCCAAGUUUGGUCCCUAGCUAUAGUCCCACAGCACCACGUUCAAAGUCUGGCAACGAUGCAUCAGACGAUUUGGAUGACACGUAGUAAUUUUAACGCAUGAUAUGAUAUAAUAUUGUUUAAGAAGACGACAAGGCCUGAAUUGGACUUAACGAGUAGUUAUAAGAAGUGUGCACAGCAAGAGAUGCUUCAAAUUAUCUUAGAGUAAAGCAGAAGCAUCGUAA